CCCUGGGCUCUCUGGGAUAGGUAUAAAAGAGCUGAGCACUUUGCAGUCCUCUAUCCAGCUUCCUCCACUUGACUCCCUUCAGCUCCUGGGACUCCUUGACUGUGUGGAAGAUGUCCUGCUCCAGCCUGUGUGCUCCUGCCUGCGGUGUGGCCGCCCCAGCCCCACUGGCUGACAGCUACAAUGAGCCCUGCGUGCGCCAGUGCCCCGACUCCACCGUGGUGAUCCAACCCCCGGCCACCGUGGUCACCUUCCCCGGGCCCAUCCUCAGCUCCUUCCCACAGAACGCUGUGGUUGGCUCAGCAGGAGUCCCUGCCAUUGGAUCGGGCUUGGGUGGCACCUUUGGACGUAGUGCCGGCUUUGGGGGCUAUGGAGGCUUUGGGGGCUAUGGAGGCCUGGGAGGCUAUGGAGGCUCUUAUGGCCUUGGGGGCUUUGGGGGCUAUGGAGGCUUUGGCAGCUGUGGAUACGGUGGCUUUCGCCGUGGUCUUGGUUACCUCAGCGGCAGCUGCGGGCCCUGCUAA